AUGGAUUCAAAACUGCAAUCGUUAACGGUUGCAAGAAGGCCGGAUUCCGGUGGCUCCGAAGGAACCAUGAUCGCCCUUUUAGCCAAUCAUUUCCUAGUCCAGUUCGAUCCCUCGCAGCGUAUUUACCAUUACGAUCUAGAAAUCUCCCCGAAUCCUUCCAAGGAUAUUGCUAGGUUGAUUAAGCAAAAACUAGUAGAAGAAAACUCCAGCGUUCUCUCCGGCGUCCUCCCGGCCUAUGAUGGCAGGAGAAAUCUUUUUAGCCCAAUCGAGUUCGACAAAGAUAAGCUUGAACUUUACAUCAACCUUCCAAUUCCGAGAAACAACUCUCCGAUGGCUGCAAAUAUUGAAGAUAGUGAAGAAAAAUUCAAGCUUUUUCGGGUAAACAUCAAGAUUGUAUCCAAUCUUGAAGGGAAGAAACUAAGAAACUAUUUGAGUAAAGGAGAUGAAUCGGUACCCCUUCCACAAGACUAUCUUCAAGCUUUGGAUGUCGUUUUACGCGAAAACCCCACGGAAAACUGUGUUCUUUUAGGCCGAUCUUUUUACCCGAAUUUAACAAGAAAAGAUCUUGGAGGAGGAGCAAUUGGAGUUCAAGGUUUUUACCAAAGUCUUAGACCAACACAACAAGGUCUUGCUCUCAAUGUUGACUUAUCGGUCACCGCCUUCCAUGAGAGCAUCGGAGUGAUUGCUUACUUGCAGAAACGUAUCCAUUCAUUGCACGAUCUUUCUGAGCGGAAAACGAGAGGUUUUAGCAGAGAAGAGAAAAAGGAAGCGGAGACCGUGUUGAAAAACAUACGGGUUUUUGUAUGUCAUCGAGAAACCACAGAAAGAUAUCAAGUUCAUAGCUUGACGGAUGAGCCAGCGGCAAACCUUCAGUUUCGAGAUCGAGAUGGGAAGAAUUUACAGAUUGUAAAUUAUUUUCGUGAUCAGUAUAACUAUGAGAUACAGUUCAGGAACUUGCCUUGCUUACAGACUAGUCGAAGAAGGCCAUGUUAUCUUCCUAUGGAGCUUUGUGUGAUUUGUGAAGGCCAGAAGUUUCUCAGGAAGUUAUCGGAUGAUCAGACUGCAAAAAUACUCGAACUGGGUUGUCGGAAACCAAAAGAACGGAAGGCGAUCAUCGAUGGAGUCAUGGCUGCACCCUUCAGCCCAUCAAGCGGAAAUCAAGCAGGGGAAUUCAACCUUCAUGUUUCAAGGGAGAUGACAAAGUUGAGUGGAAGAAUUCUGCAGCCUCCGAAGCUUAAGCUAGGAGAUGGAGGCAAUAUAAAGGACUUGAUCCCUUCACGGCAUGAUCGACAAUGGAACCUUGUCGGUAGCCAUGUGUUCGAAGGAACCCAAAUUGCGAGAUGGGCUCUGGUUAGUUUCGGUGGCACCGGUGACCAGAAGUCGACCAUCCCAAAUUUCAUCGAUCGGCUAACUCGAAGGUGUGAGCAAUUAGGGAUCUAUCUCAACAAGAAAACAAUCAUAAGCCCACAGUUUGAAUCAAUGCAAGUUCUUAACAAUGUGAAUCUUCUUGAAUCAAAGCUCAAAAAGAUCCAAAGAUCUGCAUCUAAUAAUCUGCAGCUUUUGAUUUGUGUGAUGGAAAAGAAACACAAAGGUUAUGCAGAUUUGAAGCGGAUAAGCGAAACCAGCAUCGGGGUUAUGAGCCAGUGUUGUUUGUAUCAAAAUCUUGCGAGAUUAAGCUCGCAGUUUCUCGCGAAUUUGGCAAUCAAGAUCAAUGCCAAGAUCGGUGGGUGCACCGUGGCUCUGUACACGUCGUUGCCAGCUCAGAUCCCGCGGCUUCUGACCCUCGAUGAGCCGGUGAUGUUUAUGGGUGCGGAUGUAACACACCCGCACCCACUUGACGAUUUCAGCCCGUCGGUGGCGGCUGUGGUCGGGUCGGUGAACUGGCCGGCAGCUAACAAGUACGUUUCCAAAAUGCGAUCUCAGACUCACCGGCAAGAAAUUAUUCAAGACUUGAGUAUAAUGGUGGAAGAGAUACUACAUGAUUUCGUCCGGGAGCUUUCGAAGCUGCCGAAACGAGUGAUUUUCUUUCGGGAUGGCGUGAGUGAGACGCAGUUUCAUAAGGUGCUUCGUGACGAAUUGCAAGCGAUUCGGGAUGCAUUUUCGCGUUUCACCGGCUACAACCCGCCGAUCACGUUUGCCGUGGUCCAGAAACGGCACCACACACGGCUGUUCCCUGCGGACCCGGUAUCUGGUGCUGCCCGAAACCAGUUUUCCGACGAGAACGUGCCGCCAGGCACGGUGGUUGACUCGGUCAUCACCCACCCGAAAGAAUUUGACUUCUAUCUAUGCAGCCAUUGGGGUGUCAAGGGUACUAGCCGGCCGAUACAUUAUCACAUUCUACGCGAUGAAAAUGAGUUCACUUCUGAUGAACUUCAGAAACUUGUUUACAAUCUUUGCUUCACCUUUGUGAGGUGCACUAAACCUGUCUCUUUGGUGCCUCCUUGUUACUAUGCUCAUCUUGCUGCUUACCGAGGCCGAUUGUACCUCAAUCAAACCGACAGGUCGUCGGGUUUUACAAGAAGUGGUUCACCGAAGACCACACCGCUCCCAAAACUCCAAGAGCGGGUCAAGAAUCUCAUGUUCUACUGCUGA